AUGCAGAACAUAUCCUCGCUAAAACCCUCUUUCGACGAAAUUAAGAAGACCGAAGGCGAAGAUGAAUGUAGAGCCUGGCUAACCAAGAUUUAUGGUGCCGAAGAUGAACUAGCUGAAUUUGUCGCUACCCGCCUGGGAACAGGCAGAGCGCCAAAGUACGUUGAUUUCCUCACAGGGUCCCUCAACAUCAGCUUCCGUUUCAAGUUUAGUGAUGGAGGGCCGGACACCAUCAUCCGGUUCCCAAGCCCAGGGCCAACCGCUACCUUUAUAAGGGAUGAGAAAGUCGCGAAUGAGGUCCAGGCCAUGGAAUAUCUCCGCCAAAAUACGACGAUCCCUCUACCUCGUGUCUAUAGCUGGGGUUUGACGGCAGAGAGUCCCCAGCAGUUUGGUCCGUUUAUUAUCAUGGACUACGUCGAGGGUACUCUCUUGUCAACGGUCCUACAGCAACCAACCGAAAGGGACCAACAGGACCUAGUCCUAAACCCAAGCAUCGACAACUCACAAUUGGACACGAUCUACCGGCAAAUCGCUGAUUAUCUUCUUCAGCUUUCUCGACUUACAUUCACCCACAUUGGAGCCAUCUCAAGAGACGGCGACACGUGGUCCGUUACCAAAGGGCCACUGACUCAUAAUAUGAAUGAGCUGGCGGCGACUGUCGCAGGCUACCCAACUUCCCUCUUGCCAACUUCAACUUUUGAUCAAGCUGGAGACUACUUCGAAUCUAUCUCGGAUGAACAUUUGGCUCACCUUUUCACCCAGCGCAAUCUCGCAGGUGACCGAGAAAUUGCCCAGGCGCGGUUUAUUGCUCGCCAUGGGUUCACUCGACUUAUCGACCAGUACUUGAUUGAUGACGAUGGGCCGUUCAUACCUUUCUGCGAUGAUCUACAGCCCUCUAAUAUGCUUGUUGAUCCGGAGACGUUUCAGAUCAAAGCAGUCAUCGAUUUCGAGUUCACAAACGCCAUGCCGGCCCAGUUCACAUAUGAUCCACCCUGGUGGCUGUUAUUAUCUGGCCCAGAAGCAUGGCUUGAUCGUGACUCGAUGGAAGAAUUCCGCGACCUUUAUGAGCCCAGAAUGGAGCAGUUUCUGCAGGCGUUGGAAUCAGUGGAAGGUACAUCGGGUGGGCAGACGCUCCAUGAACCACCUCUUUCCACUCGGAUGCGUGACUCAUGGCGGUCUGGUCGCUUCUGGUUUAACUAUGCCGCCAGAAAAGGUUUCGCGGUGGAUGCCAUCUACUGGGCCGCACUGCAUGAAGGGGGAGAUGGUAUUGAGCUGCUUAGCGAUGAGGCGCGCGAACAGAUGGAGCCACAGAUAGAGCGCAAGAUGCAGCAGCUGAGAGAAUACGAAGAGGACCAUGCCGCUCUUUUCUUUGAUGAGACAAGUUUCCGGUUUUGA